AUGUCGAACAACCGUCCAUUCCUCUCCAACUUCCUGGCCGCUUUCCGCGCCCAGUCAACCUACAAACCCACCACCCAGCAAGUCAGCACUACAACCUCAACCAUCUCCUCCGCCCAGAUCUCCCAGAGCGCCCGCACCAUCGCCACAAAAGCAGCGAACUCCGCUCAAGGCGCUUCAGCGUCAUCAUCCGCAUCCGCCGGAGCCCAUCACACUCACCACAAUCACAACCACAACCACCAUAACCAUAACCACCACACCCACACAUCCUCUCCCACCUCCUCGGUAACUACAGCACCUGCCGGUCCAGUCCAAGGCCCAAGUCCGGCCCCUUCACACCACUACCACCACGAUCAACCAUCUCUCCCCUCUACACCACCAUCAUCCACUUCAACACCCAUUCCGAUCAACCACACUGCAGAUCGCCAGCGCCGCGGGAGUGACUCUUCCAGUGGCUCAGGCGGGUUCCGCGAUGCCAUCGGUCCUGAGAAGUGGUAUAUUGGUGGAAGAACACCGGCUGGUGAAGAGCGCUUUUAUCGGCUCGGGAUGGUUACGAAGGGUGGGGGAAGGCUUGGCGGGAGUGGGCGGGUGGGGAGUAUUGAUCAGUUGAGUCUUUGA